AUGAUAUUAUGGAUAAGGGGGAAACUCGCAGAAACAAACAUUGUUGGUAUUUAUUAAAAGACGUUGAAAUUAAGAAUGCCGUGAAUGAUGUGUUUCUUCUGUAUAACGCUAUAUACAAAUUACUUGAUAUAUAUUUGCGCAAUGAUAACUGUUACUUGGAUUUAAUUACAUCCUUUAGAGAAGCCACUUUAAAAACUAUAGUAGGACAACAUUUAGAUACAAAUAUAUUUUCAGAUAAAUAUUCCGAUAUAAACAAAGAUAUAAAUAUUAAUAAUAUUAAUAUAUCUGAAGAGAAUAAAAUUAAUGUGAACAUGUUAAAUUUUAAUGUUUAUCAAAAUAUUAUUAUUCAUAAAACGGCUUAUUAUUCAUUUUUCUUACCUAUUGUUUGUGGUAUGCAAAUGGGGGGUAUAUCUAUGGACAACUUGUUAUACAAAAAAGUUGAAAAUAUAGCAAUUCUUAUGGGGGAAUAUUUUCAAGUCCAUGAUGAUUAUAUAGAUACCUUUGGAGAUUCUAAAAAGACUGGGAAAGUUGGCUCAGACAUUCAAAAUAAUAAAUUAACAUGGCCUUUGAUAAAGGCAUUUGAACUAUGUUCACAAUCUGAAAAAGAGGACAUAAUAAGAAAUUAUGGAAAAGAUAAUGUUACAUGUAUUAAGUUUAUUAAUGAUAUAUAUGAACAUUAUAAUAUCAGGGCUCAUUAUGUAGAAUAUGAAAAGAAGCAGAAGAUAAAAAUUUUAGAAGCCAUAAACCAAUUGCAUCAUGAAGGUAUAGAAUAUGUCUUGAAAUACGUAAUGGACAUUUUGUUUACAGGUGCAUGA